CACAGGGUCCGGCAAGGAGCCCCUCAUGGCUACGGCGUACAUGCGCCAGCUCCUUUCGCCUACCUACCACAUUAUCAACAUACCAUGGCGACUGCAGAAGGGUUGCGUCGCCAUGAUAAGGAUGACGAUUCCCCUCGUCCACUUGUGGCGGGAGAUGUACCCGUUGGGAUACCCCCUCUCGGCUGUCGACUAUGCCAGCAUCCUCGUCAUCGUUGAAGCACUCGAGCGCCGCAUGCUGCAGCACUCCCAGUUCUAUAUCCAGCAAAACUGA